AUGCGAGAGCACAACGUGUUGUCGCCCGAGAAGGGCCUGGACUCGUACCGCCUGCGUCCCGCGAGAGUCGUGAUGCACAGCGACUUCGACGCCAUCCGCCUCAACAACGACCUGGCCGUCCUCACCGUCAGAGAGGGACUCAUCGAGUGGGACAACUUCACGGCGCCGGUGUGCGUCGCCGAGGCGUCCGGCGACGACGAGACCGUCGGCACGAUGGCCACCGUCAUCGGCUGGGGUCGCCUCAGUGAAGGAGGAAGCAAGGCAGACAAUUUGCAAAAAGUUCAAGUGCCAAUUUUGGACAAUGCAGUGUGUCGGUCCAAGAUGAAGAAGUGGUUCGACAUCCACGCCGGGCAACUUUGCGCAGGUUACGAAGAAGGAGCGAAGGAUGCUUGUCAGGGAGACAGCGGAGGUCCAAUGAUUGUUCACAAAAAUGGAAGAUUGAUCUUGGUUGGGGUAGUAUCAGCUGGAAUCGGGGAAAAGAAGUGGGUUACGAUUAGUGACACUUCUUUGCGUCUUUUCAAAUGGGUGCCCGUAUCCACAGCUGAAAUGCGUCGUAAAGAGCGCAAAGAUGUUCGCGAAUCAAAUAAAGAAAAUAAGAGAGGCUCCAGCGCCUCCAAACCGGCGUCUGCGGGGGCUUUCAAGCCGGACGCAUCCGAUGAUUCCUUGUCCAUGAUGAACGAAGAUUCGAACACUGGAAUGUCCUUCACCUCAGAUUCCCAAAGUAAUCAAGCCAACGGGCAGCCAAACGGAAAUUUAACCUUUUCUUCUCGGUUGCCGUCGAAAGAUUCGGUACCAGCGUCGUCGGAAUCAUCUUUCUUGAAGUAAUUAGUGCGAGGAUGCAAUGAAUGACGUACUACUUCGGGUUUAGUUGAUUGAUUUUUUUUUGCUCGAGGAUCUCUGUGUAAGGCUUUCGACGUUGCAAAAAACUGCUUUGCCCUUCGAUUGUCCGUAUUCAUUUAGGAUUCGGAGAACGUUCUGUGCGAAUUGUUGAAUUUUGUAUGAAUUACUAUGUGUUGUCGACGCUGAGUAUUGUUUGUACGUGACGUUGAUAUGUUCUAAAUCACAACAAAGGGGCUAUUGUAUGUCACGGCAGUUUAUGUCCUCCGUAUUUCAAAGUAUUAUUUCAGUCGAAGUCUUAUCUCUUAAGGUUCUUUUUCUGUGAAAUUUUUAGCUUGUAAAAGCAUAUUGUGUAUCUAUCAACCGCAAACAUGGCACUCAGCGAUGCAGACGUUCAGAAGCAGAUCAAACAUAUGAUGGCUUUCAUCGAGCAAGAAGCCACUGAAAAAGCCGAGGAAAUCGACGCGAAGGCCGAGGAGGAGUUCAAUGUUGAGAAAGGACGUUUGGUUCACACUCAACGACUGAAGAUCAUGGAGUAUUUCGAGAAGAAAGAAAAGCAAGUGGAGAUGCAGAAGAAGAUACAAGCGUCGAACAUGUUGAACCAAGCCCGUCUCCAAGUUCUGAAGAGCCAGGAAGAGCAUCUGGGCAAGUUGGUCGAUGAAACCAAACGCAGACUAUCGACUGUGACGCGGAAUGAAGAGAAGUACGGCAAAUUGCUACAGUUGCUGAUUGCGCAGGGAAUCUUUCAGCUGCUUGAAACAAACCUUGUUGUGAGGUGUCGCAAAGCCGACGUUGCGCUUGUUAAAGAAGCUGCCCGCGGGGCUUUGGAGUACUACACGAAAAUUACUAAACGUACCUGCAACAUCAAGGUUGACGAGAAUCAUUUCCUCUCGCCACAAGUGUCCGGUGGAGUUGAAAUGAUGAUCCCCAACGGGAAGAUAAAGAUCGUGAACACGCUUGAAGCCAGACUAGACUUGAUUACUUCUCAGCUUCUUCCAGAGAUCAGAGUGCGGUUAUUCGGCCGCAAUCCGGGGCGAAAAUUCUUGGAUUAAAUAAUUUCGUGGACAGCAUCGAAGCGACGGGAUUUAAAAUUUUACUCGGCAUAAAUGAAGUGUAUCCAUCACCUCAUCUCAUUAUCUCGCUUCAUCCAUUAUGGUAUUUUUAUUAGAUGAGAAUGAGAUGAUUUUCAGCAACUCGGAUCCUUCGUCAUUUCGCCGAGUUUUUAUGUUAACAAAAAUAUUGCUGUUUCAAGUGUAGCAAACCUGAAUGAAGCUACAGCCAUUUAAAUGUACAGUACCUGUAUUGCUGAGGGUGCGGAGUAUUCGCCGUUUUUUUUUUGUCCAGCAAGUUGAUUUAAUCAAUUCAUUCCAUUUUUGCGUUUUUUGCACUGCUUUUCCAUCCUUUCAAUGCAACCAUUUAACGCCACCGAUUUAAUCCAAAAAUGUUUUUCGCGAAAGUAUAGUUUUAAUUCUACGCACAAAUUGAGUUAUUGUCUGCGGAUUUUUUUGUUGCUCGUUUCAUUUUCAGGAAGGGUUUUCGUUACGGCCUUUUCAUGACUGUGCAAUAUUCGUGUGAUAGUGUAGAGAAGAUUUUCUAUCAUCCGGUGAUGGAGCGUGUUGUCGGGCAAACUUUCUUUCUUUUUUUUUGCGCGCGUUUCUGCAUUGAUUCAUUCUUCGAGAAAGCAUGUUUCUGUGCGGGAAUUAAGUGAACCAGUACGCAUUA